AUGAAUAGCAACGAACACGUCGCCAUUAACAAGUACUUGAACAAGGCUCAACGAAUUACUCUCGAUGACGUGUUCGCCAAACGUUCAGACGGCGACCGGGCUCAGCGACGCACUCGAAUCAUCUGUACGCUUGGGCCUGCCUGCUGGGAGCCUGAGAUGUUGGUAGAGAUGAUGGAUGCUGGUAUGGACAUUUGUCGAUUCAAUUUUUCACACGGCGACCACGAGAGCCAUGGAGCGUGCUUGGCUCGAGUCAAAGAAGCCCUGAAGAUGCGCCCCAACAAGACGGUAGGCUUGCUGCUUGACACAAAGGGACCUGAGAUCCGUACUGGGUUCUUCCGCGAAGGACUUAAGUCGAUUGAACUUAAGAAAGACCAAGAUUUAAAGAUCGUCACUGACUACUCUUUCAAGGGAGAUGAGACCUGCAUCGCGUGCACGUAUGAGAAGCUACCUCAGACUGUGAAGCCGGGCAUGCAAAUCCUCAUUGCAGAUGGUUCGUUGUCCGUUGAAGUUAAGGAGUGCGGUUCUGACUACGUUAUCACAAGAGUGAUGAAUGCUGCCAAGAUCGGGGAACGUAAGAACAUGAACCUGCCUGGUGCUAAAGUUGAGUUGCCUGUCUGCGGCGAGCGUGAGAUCAAGGACUUCCUUGAAUUCGGUAUCCCCAACCAGAUGCACUACAUUGCUGCAUCGUUUGUGCAGUGCGCUCAAGAUAUUCGUGACAUCCGGAAGAUUUUGGGUGAAGCUGGAAAGCACUUUAAGAUCAUCCCGAAGAUUGAGAACCAGGAGGGCCUUCACAACUUCGACGAGAUCUUGGAGGAAUGCGACGGUGUCAUGAUUGCCCGUGGAGACAUGGGAAUGGAGAUCCCGUUGGAGAAGGUCUUCCUCGCUCAGAAGAUGAUUAUCUCCAAGUGCAACCUUGCAGGCAAACCUGUAAUUGUCGCUACGCAAAUGCUGGAGUCGAUGAUUAACGCUCCUCGUCCUACUCGUGCGGAGUGA